CCUUAUUUUCUUUCCUUCCUUCUAAUUCUAGCAAACCAUCCCAUCACCUCACCUAGUCUUUCCUUAAACACAUUGUGCUGCUGACCCAACCGAGUUUUACCAAACUUCCAAAACCCCCAAAUCUUCAUGUUCUCCUCCACCGCCUCAACUUCUUCCUCCUCCUCCUCUUCUUCUUCUCGUUAUGCCCAAGCCACAGACCCUGUAAAUUUUUUUAUUCAAGUUCGUAGCCAAAAGGGUUUUGAGUAAGAUUCAGGAGCACGGAAGUAAUGGGGGGUGAGAAAGAGAGUGAAAAUGGAGAGUUACCUGACCUGGAGAAGCAGCAGCUAGGCGGUCCUGAGACUAGCUCACUUCCCAGUUUGGCAACUGUGGAUACGGUGCUGCCGCUACAACAGGUCGUCGUUUCGGGUGGGGCGUCAUCUGAAGUUCAUGAACCGCCGACAGUCACCGCCACGGUCAAAUUUUCAGAGGAGGUUCCUUCUCCCAAAAAGGACCACCUGUCGAGGACUUCGAGCUCUCAUGAACAAUGCAGAGUGUGUCAGCAGGAGAAAGAUGAAGUUUUGAUUGAUCUCGGAUGCCAGUGUCGAGGCGGGCUUGCGAAAUCCCACAGAUCAUGUAUAGACACUUGGUUUCGCUCCAGGGGAUCGAACAAAUGCGAGAUAUGCCAAGGAGUAGCAGCAAAUGUUCCACCUCCAGAGGCUCAGCCAACUCAGGCAAGCUAUUGGGUUUGGAGAGUUGGCUCAUCCUACCGAUCACAAAAUCGAGACAGGGGUUGUGUAAGCCCACUUUAUGUGGCGUUUUCAAUCCUUAUAGGUGGUCUACUGUUGGACGUGCUAAUUUCUGUCACCCUUGGUGUCUCCGCACUGCCCAUCAACAUCAUUAUAGGUAUUAUCGUGGUUCUUGGACUCGGCACUGCACUGAGACUCGCCCUGGAAUUCUUCCACGAGUGGAGUGUGAGGAGAGUCGUGCAGAGAGUCGACGCAAGUCACACGAAUGUGCCUCUUGGUUACCAUCCUACUUUUUAGGUAAAAGUUGUAAGUAACAAGAUGAUGUAGAAGUAGAAAUUUACUUGAUUGCACGGAUGGAGGAAGGAGGGUAUACGUUCACUUUGUUGUUUGUUUUGCUAGGGCACCCAUUGCCGUUUUACCUCAACCAAAUGUACCGUUUACUAUUUUAUUACUUGGUUUUUAUAAUAAACUUGUUAUUUCAUUAUUUGA